CAGAGAGUGGCGUUCGCUUAUCAGUCAUCAGUUCGCGACUUCGGACCCCAUUUCAACCCUCAUCCACCCUCGACACUCUCAAUUGGAAUCCCGCGAUUCAAUAUCACACACACAUACAGCGCUGUCGACGCACGAACCCCCGAUUCCCGAAAAGCAAUCAACUACUCCUGGAACCACUCGGCUUCACGCCCAUAGAAUGGGUCGAGUCUCCUUCGCCGACGAUGUAAUCGAGCGCACCAUUGACGAACAUGAAAUCGAGGAGGAGCCAGUGAAGGUAUAUGAGUAUCAGAACACUCCGGAGAACAAGUCUUGGGCCGGCGCUCUCCCUCUCAAGCAGGCUCUUUACGACCCAGAGCUCGAGAAGGAUGCCUGUGGUGUAGGUUUCGCCGCCCAUAUCAAGGGCAAGGCGAGCCACAAAAUCGUUACUGAUGCACGAAACCUUCUCUGCAACAUGACCCAUCGUGGUGCCGUGGGAUCUGAUGCAAGAGACGGAGAUGGUGCUGGUGUAAUGACAUCCAUCCCUCACAAAUUCUUUGUCAAGAACUUUGAGCGCGAGCAGGGCAUCAAGCUCCCAAAGAUGGGCAAGUACGCUGCAGGAAACGUAUUCUUCAAGCCUGAAGAAGAGGCUCUGAAGGAUACUCUGGACAAAUUCGAGGAUAUCGCCGGCGAACUCGAUCUGCGAGUGCUCGGAUGGCGAGAGGUACCAAAAGACAGUACCCUCCUCGGUCCAGCUGCAAGCUCCCGUGAACCAAUUAUUUUGCAGCCAUUCGUGGUACUGAAGUCGGUCUACGGUGACGGCAAAGAACCAAAGCCGGACUUUGACGACAAGUUCAACGAGCAGACAUUUGAGAGGCAGCUGUAUGUGCUCCGAAAGCGUGCCACCCACGUUAUCGGCUUGCACAACUGGUUCUACAUUUGCUCGCUCAGCAACAAGAACAUUGUCUACAAGGGCCAGCUUUCCCCAGUCCAGGUCUACGAGUACUACCACGAUCUGGUCAACGUCGAUUACGAAGGUCACUUUGCUCUUGUGCACUCUCGUUUCUCGACCAACACCUUCCCCUCAUGGGACAGAGCCCAGCCACUCCGAUGGGCAGCACACAACGGAGAAAUCAACACGCUUCGAGGAAACAAGAACUGGAUGCGCGCAAGAGAAGGCGUGCUCUCUUCUGAGUUCUUUGGCGAGGAGCUGGAAACGCUCUACCCUAUCAUUGAAGAUGGUGGCUCCGACUCUGCCGCCUUCGACAACGUGCUCGAGCUGUUGACGAUCAACGGCGUUCUUUCGCUGCCAGAAGCUGUCAUGUUGAUGGUUCCAGAGGCAUGGCAGGGCAACGACCAGAUCGAUGGCGCGAAGCAGGCUUUCUACGAAUGGGCUGCUUGCAUGAUGGAGCCUUGGGACGGCCCAGCACUCUUCACAUUCUCCGACGGUCGAUACUGCGGUGCCAACUUGGACCGAAACGGAUUGCGACCAUGCAGAUACUACGUUCUUGACGAUGACCGGAUCAUCUGUGCCUCCGAAGUAGGCACUAUCGCCAUCGAUCCAACCAAGGUCAUUCAGAAGGGUCGAUUGCAGCCAGGACGUAUGCUUUUGGUCGACACCCAGGCCGGUAGAAUCAUUGAUGAUGCCGAACUCAAGGAGACUGUCUCGAACAGACAGGACUUCAGAGCAUGGCUCGACACUCAAUUACUGGUGAUGCCAGAAAUCUACAGGAAGCUCAUCGAGAAUGGAACAGAUCUUUCUCACAAGCUCACCGAGACUGCGGUGCAGGAAGAUCCGCGUCUGAAGGCUUUCGGCUACUCUUUGGAGCAGGUCACUCUGCUCCUGGCACCCAUGGCAGCUGAUUCGAAGGAGGCGCUCGGUUCCAUGGGUAACGAUGCUCCACUUGCCUGCCUGGCCCAACAACCACGUCUGUUGUUCGAGUAUUUCCGUCAACUCUUCGCACAAGUCACAAAUCCGCCGAUUGACCCUAUCAGAGAGUCGGUGGUCAUGUCUCUUGGCUGCUACGUCGGACCUCAAGGUAACCUGCUUGAACUGAACAAGGAGCAAUGCCACCGACUAUACCUGCCAUCCCCCAUGCUCUCCGUCGAAGAGUUCAACGCGCUUACAAAAAUUCCUACCCUCCACUCUGAUUGGUCUGUCGCGACUGUCGACAUCACAUUCCCCAAGUCUGAGGGCAUCGAAGGCUACUACAACGCUCUUGAUCGCAUUUGCGAUGCUGCCACGGAAGCCAUUGAGAAUGGGGACAAGAUCAUCAUUCUUUCCGAUCGCAAGACGUCUUCCGAGCGCGUAGCAGUCUCGUCACUGCUGGCGACUGGAAUGGUCCACCACCACAUGGUACGCAACAAGUGGAGAUCACAGGCUGCUCUUGUGGUUGAGACUGCUGAGGCUCGUGAGGUACACCACAUGUGUGUGCUGGUCGGCUACGGAGCAGACGCCAUUUGCCCAUAUCUCGCAAUCGAGUGUAUCCUCAAGCUUGAUCGUGAAGGUCUCAUCCGCAAGAAGCUGAGCGGAGAGCAACUCAUUGAAAACUACAAGCACUCCUGUGAUGGAGGUAUCUUGAAGGUCAUGAGUAAGAUGGGUAUCUCCACAUUGCAGAGUUACAAGGGCGCCCAGAUCUUCGAAGCUCUUGGAAUCGACGACAGCGUCGUCGACCGCUGCUUUACUGGUACCGCGACUCGUAUCCGAGGAAUGACGUUCGAACUCAUUGCUCAGGAUGCUUUCGCUUUGCACGAGAAGGGGUUCCCAAGCCGCAACAUCUUGGAGAUUCCUGGUCUUGCAGAGACAGGAGAGUACCACUGGCGAGACGGUGGCGAGCCCCACGUAAACGACCCAGUGUCGAUUGCAAAUAUUCAGGACGCAGUCCGCAUGAAGAACGACAAGUCCUACGAGGCCUACUCACGAUCUGAGUACGAGCAGAUCAAGAACUGCACCCUUCGUGGUCUUCUAGACUUCGAUUUUGAGGCUUGCGCACCCAUUCCAAUCGAGCAGGUCGAGCCAUGGGUUGAAAUCGUCCGUCGGUUCGUCACUGGCGCGAUGUCUUACGGAUCCAUCUCUAUGGAAUCCCACUCCACGCUCGCUGUCGCCAUGAACAGACUUGGCGGCAAGUCCAAUACCGGAGAGGGUGGUGAGGACCCAGAGCGAAGCUUGCCCAUGCAGAAUGGUGACACUAUGCGAUCUGCCAUCAAGCAGAUUGCUUCUGGACGAUUCGGUGUCACGAGCAACUAUCUUGCUGAUGCCGAUGAGCUUCAAAUCAAGAUGGCUCAAGGUGCCAAGCCUGGCGAGGGUGGUGAGCUGCCUGGCCACAAGGUCUCGGGACCAAUUGCAAAGACUCGUCACUCCACGCCAGGUGUCGGUUUGAUCUCCCCACCUCCUCACCACGAUAUCUAUUCCAUUGAGGAUCUCAAGCAGUUGAUUUACGAUCUGAAGUGCUCCAACCCGAGAUCGCGAGUAUCAGUCAAGCUUGUGUCUGAGACUGGUGUCGGAAUCGUUGCCUCUGGUGUGGCCAAGGCCAAGUCUGACCACAUCCUCAUUUCUGGACACGACGGUGGUACUGGAGCUUCUCGAUGGACUGGUAUCAAGUAUGCUGGUCUGCCAUGGGAGCUUGGUCUUGCUGAGACCCACCAAACGCUUGUGCUCAACGACUUGCGUGGCCGUGUUGUCGUGCAAACUGAUGGUCAGCUACGUACUGGCCGCGACGUUGCACUUGCUUGCUUGCUGGGUGCUGAGGAGUUUGGCUUUGCCACAACUCCUCUUAUCGCCAUGGGCUGUAUCAUGAUGCGAAAGUGUCACUUGAACACUUGCCCGGUCGGCAUUGCCACCCAGGACCCAGAGCUUCGCAAGAAGUUCAAGGGUACUCCAGAGCAGGUCAUCAACUUCUUCUACUACGUCUCGAAUGAACUCCGUGCCAUCAUGGCCAAGCUUGGUUUCCGCACUGUCAACGAGAUGGUCGGUCAUACCGAGAUGUUGAAGGUCCGCGAGGAUCUCAGAAAUGCGAAGACCGAGAAUAUUGACCUGUCUUUGAUCCUGACACCUGCGCACACGCUCCGAUCCGGAGUUGCUACCUACAACGUGCGCAAGCAAGACCACAAGCUGCACGUCCGUCUCGACAACAAGCUCAUUGCUGAGUCCGAGUUGGCUCUCGAAAAGGGACUGCCAUGCCGCAUAGAGUGCGACGUUGUCAACACCGACCGAGCUCUCGGAGCCACCCUCUCUUACCAGAUCAGCAAGCGAUAUGGUGAGAAGGGUCUGCCACACGACACUAUUCAUGUCAACAUCCGUGGCUCUGCUGGCCAAUCUUUCGGAGCUUAUCUUGCUCCAGGUGUCACGCUCGAGCUUGAGGGAGACGCAAACGACUAUGUUGGCAAGGGCUUGUCUGGCGGUCGCCUCAUCGUCUACCCGCCGCGCUCAGCAGUCUACAAGGCCGAAGAGAAUGUUAUCAUCGGUAACGUCUGUCUCUACGGUGGCACCCUUGGUACCUGCUUCUUCCGCGGUGUCGCCGCCGAGCGUUUCGCCGUACGAAACUCCGGUGUCACUGCCGUUGUCGAAGGUGUUGGUGAUCACGGUUGCGAGUACAUGACUGGUGGUCGCGUUGUCGUCCUCGGCAGCACUGGUCGCAACUUUGCUGCUGGUAUGUCCGGUGGUAUUGCGUACGUGCUUGACCUGCAUCAGGACUUUGAGGGCAAGGUCAACCAGGAGAUGGUUGAGCUGUCUGGGUUGGAGGACCCGCAUGAGAUUGCCUUCCUGCGCGGUCUCAUUGAGGAUCACCACCACUACACCGGCUCAGAGCUUGCCGCUCGCAUUCUGCUUGACUUCAACCGUGCUCUGCCACACUUCGUCAAGGUCCUGCCGACUGAUUACAAGCGUGUCCUCGAAGAGGAGGCCAAGAAGCAGGCCGAUGCUAAGAAGGCUGAGUAUCCACUUCCAAUCCUUCCUGGAAAUGCCGUACGCAAUCUCCACGAGACCUCUCGUGAGCAUGAGCACGCUGCAGAGAGAAAGAAGGCGAACUUGGCCGAUCUUGAAGAGAGCGUGCCAGAUGCACAAGCCGAGAAGAAGCGUUCUCUGGUUCUUGACAAGACCAAGGGCUUCAUGAAGUACCAACGACGAUCAGAGAAGUAUCGUCCGGCCAAGACUCGUACUCGCGACUGGGCUGAGCUCAGCACUCGUCUGAACGAGGACGAACUGAAGUACCAGACUGCUCGUUGCAUGGACUGCGGUGUUCCGUUCUGUCAAUCCGAUACUGGCUGUCCUAUCUCCAACAUCAUUCCUAAAUGGAACGAAUUGGUGUUCGCAGGCCAGUGGAAAGACGCCUUGAACCGUCUGCUCAUGACAAACAACUUCCCGGAAUUCACUGGACGUGUCUGUCCAGCGCCAUGCGAGGGUGCUUGCGUUCUUGGAAUCAAUGAAGACCCUGUCGGUAUCAAGUCCGUCGAGUGCGCUAUCAUUGACCGCGGCUUUGAGAUGGGCUGGAUGGUGCCAACGCCACCCAAGUUCCGCUCCGGCAAGACCGUUGCCAUCAUUGGCUCUGGCCCCGCUGGUCUUGCCUGUGCCGAUCAACUCAACAAGGCCGGUCAUACCGUCACCGUUUACGAGCGUUCUGAUCGCAUUGGUGGUUUGCUCAUGUACGGUAUCCCAAACAUGAAGCUCGACAAGAAUGUCGUCCAGCGUCGUGUGGACUUUAUGGCUGCCGAGGGCAUCAACUUCAAGACCGGCGUAUUUGUCGGAGAAGGCGAGAUCACUUUCGACUCUCUGCGCAAGGAGAACGACGCGGUAGUCCUUGCCACCGGGGCCACGGUGCCUCGUGAUCUGAAGAUCCCAGGUCGCGACUUGAACGGCAUCCAUUUUGCCAUGCAGUUCUUGCACAAGAACACCAAGUCUCUGCUCGACUCGGAGCUUGCCGACAACGCCUACAUCUCUGCCAAGGACAAGAACGUCAUUGUCAUUGGUGGAGGUGACACUGGAAACGACUGCAUUGGUACUUCCGUUCGCCACGGCGCCAAGUCUGUUAUCAACUUCGAGCUCCUGCCUCAGCCACCAGCUCAGCGCGCCAAUGAUAACCCGUGGCCGCAGUGGCCACGUAUCUACCGAGUUGACUACGGUCACACCGAAGUCAAGACUCACAUGGGCCGUGACCCUCGUGAGUUCUGCAUCAUGUCCAAGGACUUUGUUGACGACGGCAACGGCAACGUCAAGGGAGUCAACAUCAAGCGCCUGGAAUGGACCAAGAACUCUACCGGCGGCUGGGAUAUGAAGGAGAUUGAAGGCAGCGAGGAAUUCUUCCCAGCCGAACUGAUCAUGAUCUCCAUGGGUUUCUUGUCCCCAGAGGAGAAGGUCACCGGAGGACAGAUCGAGCUCGAUGGUCGCAAAAACUUCAAGACUCCACCUGGCAAAUACACCACCAACAUUGAAGGUGUGUUCGCUGCUGGUGACUGCCGUCGCGGUCAGUCACUCAUUGUGUGGGGUAUCAACGAAGGUCGGCAAGCUGCCCGCGAUGUCGACUCAUACCUCACCGGCGUUGGUACCAUGCUGCCAGUCACUGGUGGUAUUGUCAAGCGCCCACCAUACGAGCUUUUGCAGAAGCAGAAUGGUGCCCCGGCAGAGCUCAUCACCGCCGCCGCGUAAGAAGAAGCUCCCUAUGAACAUUCGAUCUGCGAUUUGCACAUUUUAUUUUCCGAACGGUACCCUCGUUUCCAGAUACCCUUUUGCAGCGUUACGUGAGUCGAUAGAGGCCAGCAUAGCAGCAUCAAGCAAGCAAGCAAGCAAGCACGCAAGAGAGAGAGAGAGAGGGAGAGAGAGAGGCGGAACUGUUUGUACGAUGAUGACCUCGCUACGAAACGAAACGGAACGGAACGGGAAAAUGGAGGACGCGGAUGGAUAAUCAUUGACGAUCGUAAUGAAAUCACAAAAAGAGCUAGCAAAAUGGGAAGAAUCAAAGGAGUUGAAUUGCGUUUAGGAUGGAUGAGUUUGAACAUGUUGCGAUGAAUUAAUUGUGGUUGCUCUUGCGUUUUGCGAAUCAAAGAAAGAAAGAAAGAAAGAAUUGGCUGUCUGAAAUACUUGUUUUUGAUUCUUUUUUUUCGAUUGCUGCUAUAUAUAUAUGUACACGGAGAGAGAGGAAAUUAAGUGUCUACUACAUAUGAGAGUAGCACUUUGUUUUUCAAAUACAUCUUUCGCUCAC